AUGAUACCCCGUACUGGAUGGCACCAUACCUGUCGUCGCCCUCUGCAAGGGCCGGUCAGGCACGUUCACGGAGCCGAUCCUUGUUGCCGAUCAUCGAAAGUGCCAAGUAGUCUGGGUUGUCGAAGACCGUGGACCGUCUCCGCUCGCUAUGUAACUGGACUGCAGGCAGGCGAAGACAAGACUGGUCACAUCAGCGCCGGACCCAACGAAGGAAUCCUCUUCUUCAACAAUGUUUUCCCCAUCCAGAUCCGCAAGGUACUAGGACUUCCUCUCCCUGGGCUCUUCGAUCGCCUCAUCAGCCCCACCAUCUCUGGCACCGACCCGAAAGCCGUUAUUGAGCGAGCCAGUGCGAAACGCAACUUGCAAAUUACUGGCACUGAGGUGCUCCCGCGGACGAGGGAGGGAGGAGCGUUCGUCAAAUUCACUCAUGAUGGAAAUGCAUCCGCUUCUGAGAUCGAGAAAGUGCUGCAGCAGUACCUGAGAGAUGAGCCAGUCAAGCCAUGGUGGAGUCCGUGGAAGAGGAUGCGCGCGAAGAUGGUCAAGGGAAAACCAUGGGUGGAGGAUCUCAUGCGUCUCCCAGCUUCACGCCUCCGGGUUGAGUUCGUGUCUGCGGAGGCAGGCGUGCCAGCUUCCGAGGCUGUGGAGAUGAGCCAAGAACAACUCUUCCAGUUCUUCAGGCCUUAUGGCAAACUGGGAGAUAUUGUUAUGCAACCUCCUGACUCGAAGGUUCUUCCCAAGUUCGCGUAUCUGGACUAUACUAGCAUUGGCAAAGCGAUCAUGGCGAGGAACUGCAUGCAUGGCUAUGUUGUAUCUGAGGCUGAAGGCGGUGGCAAGUUGGGUACGGUCUUGAGGUUGAAGUAUGAGCAGAAGAUCAAACCGCGGUAUAUCAGGGAUUGGAUCUUUGGUCAUCCCAGGAUUAUCAUUCCCAUUGUAGCUGCGCUCAUUGCUGGUACUGUUGCUAUCAUCUUCGAUCCCAUCCGAACAUUCUUUGUCAAGGCUCACAUCACUCGCAAUUUCCACAUUGAAGACAACAAAUGGUACCAAUGGAUCAAAGGUUAUGCUACAGACAUCAUCCACGGCGGGAAGAAGCGCGAUGACGACGACGGAAUGGACGCCAUCUGGGACGACAGGAAAGACAAUAUUGAACAGAUUCAGACGUGGUUAAUGGAGACGGCCGAAACCUUCAUCAUCGUUCAGGGUCCUCGCGGUUCUGGAAAGCGCGAACUUGUCGUAGACCAGGCCUUGGAGGAUAAGAAACUCAAGCUUGUGAUCGACUGCAAGCCCAUCCAAGAAGCCCGAGGAGAAAGUGCUACCAUCAACGCUGCUGCGCUUUCUGUUGGAUACAGACCGGUUUUCAGUUGGAUGAACAGCAUAUCUGGAAUGAUUGACAUGGCCGCUCAAGGUGCUACAGGCGUCAAAACUGGCUUCUCAGAGACUCUUGAUUCUCAACUCAGCAAGAUCUGGAACACGACUACCUCGGCUUUACGACAAAUCGCACUGGAUACACGACACAAGAAUGACAAGGAUGCGCAUUUGGGCGAUGACGAGUGGCUUGAGGCACACCCGGAACGCAGACCGAUCGUUGUGAUUGAUAACUUCCUUCACAAGAGUCAGGAAGGCGGUAUCGUCUAUGACAAGAUUGCUGAGUGGGCUGCGCGUCUCACAACAACUAACGUGGCUCACGUUAUCUUCUUGACCAACGAUGUCGCAUUCAGCAAGUCGCUCUCAAAGGCCAUGCCAGACCGCAUGUUCCGUCAGAUAUCACUGUCCGAUUGCAGCCCCGAAGUAGCGAAGCGAUUCGUGAUUACCCAUCUAGACGCAGAUGUCGAAGACGACCCAGCGCCAAAAGACGGCUCGCCCAAGAAGCUACCCUCUCAACACCGCGAUGACCUCGACGAGCUUGAUACCUGCAUCGAUCUCCUAGGCGGCCGCCUCACAGAUCUCGAAUUCCUAUCCCGCCGUAUCAAGACAGGCGAAACACCCACCAAAGCCGUCCACGAAAUCAUCGACCAGUCCGCCUCCGAGAUCCUCAAGAUGUUCAUCUUCGGUGCAGAAGACGAAGGGGGGAACCGCCACUGGAACGCCGAACAAGCCUGGUUCCUCAUCAAGGAACUCGCCCAGAAGGAAAGCCUCCGCUACAACGAAGUCCUCAUCGACGACAUCCUGAAAACAGGCGGUGAAUCCGUUCUCCGUGCUCUCGAACAAGCCGAACUCAUAUCCAUCGUCUCCGGCGCAAACGGCCGGCCUUCUGUUAUCAAACCUGGGAAACCCGUCUACCACCCCGCUUUCAAGCGCUUGACCGAGGAUAAGGUGUUGAAAAGUCGCUUGGACCUGGCGAUCUUCACGCACCUGACGAAGAUCGAGAAUGCGACGAUUGAUAAAUGUGAGAAUGAGUUGUUGUUGCUGAGUAAGUUGAGGAAUCAGCCUGCACAGACGGCGGGACGAGUGAAUUAUCUACUGAGCAAGUUGAUGGUGAGUCAGGGGAAGGUGGAGAGGUAUGAGGGGGAGGUGAAGGGGUUGAAGAAGGUGCUUGGGAAUGAGUAUUAG